AAUGAGUUGAUUUGUGUGCUUCGAUAAGAGAAAGGCAAACCUGGAAGGAUUUGAAAAUUUCUUAAUUUUUCGAAAAAAAAAGUUUCUACUUCCUACUUCCUGUUCAAAACUUAAACUUCGAAAAUUUCAAUGAACGAGUAAAAUGGCGGACGUCUCUUGUUUAUGAAUUUACGGAGGAGCAGUCCAAAAGUUUUACUUUUUACAGUAUAAGGGCGAUACAACUCGUGGAUGGUCGUAAGCUGCUCAGUUUUGUUCCCUUGAGCGGUGGCCUUAGCCAGAGCCAACCUGGAGUCUGAGGAGAUGAUUACUUGCUGUGACACCCAGGACUUCAUUCCUUUCGGCCGAGAGUACUUGCGCCGACAUCCUGGGCAGUUUCAGGUCAAGAGAAAAUGCAACUCCCCAGUGAAUGAACAGGGACUACCUCUGAUCAAGUCUUUUAAAGAGAUCUCAUUAUUGGAGACGACCAAGAAGGAAGACUGGGUGUUCCGGCAGCGCAAAGGUGACAAUGUUUUCGACGAGGAGCUUUACGCUCGUGGCGCCACUGUCGUUUGGAGCAGAGGUGGCCAGGACAGUGUGCGAAAGGUGGUCAAGACUUUCACCAUGGACGGUCCUGUAUUACAGGCUUUAUGGGGCUCCUUUGUCCUGUCAUCGGAUGAGAACACGAUGGAUUCUAGGUCAACACUUGGGGCUUCCGGCAAAGAGCAGCAUGGCAUUUGUGUGGUGGAGUCAAGUACUCUGAGCUUUUUUGUGGAGGAAGGAGGAGACUAUGUCACCCCUCUACCCUUUCAGGUGUCAAGGACAUGGCAAAUCAAACAUGGCUUGUUAUUUGAGCGGACACUUACACAUGCCGAAAGGAAUACACCCAAAAGGAACUGUCCCAGCCAGACUGUAGUGUUCAGCAUGCUGCAUCCCUUGGACGAUGUGGCCCCGGUCAUCACGAGAGUCUCCACUGGUGGAGGUCCCCCCAAAGUGUCCUACUUGACAGACACCAACUUGACCUUGACCUUCACCUGCUCCGAUCCGUCCUUGGCUUUUACGUACGAUUCAGUGGCCGGCCUCCACUCUGUGUGGAGAAUUAGGAAGGUUUGGGGAGAGGAAAUUAACCAGCUGUCUGCAACAGCGGAGGGCAACAGUUUCCUACACAUGACUCCAUGCCUUGGGGCAAGUGCUUUGAACCUCUCCUCCAGCUUCUCCAAACAGCAUGCAAACCUCUCCGCCGGCGCAGCGGGGCUCAACAACUCAUCUAGCUUCUCCCCCCUGAGGAGUUUCAGCAGCAAGAUUAUGUCCCCUGGUGGAAUCUUGCGAGCGAGUCCAUCUGCUGGCAUAAUGUCUUCCAAACUUUUCUUUUCCUCGGGCAUCCGCAGACCUCAUUCGCCGGGCAUGUCGACGGCCAACACUUCGGCCCUGUAUCGCUUCCAGACCCCGCCCCAGCGCUCUCCCAACUCGCUGCUCCGGUCUCCGAGCUCGCUGCUCAACACGUCUCACGGAGGGAACGAAAGUUUCUACGGGAUGGCGGCGCCAGCCAUACAGCCCUGUGUGUGCCUGGAGUUGUUGUGGACCGAGGGGAUACAGCAAAUCAGAGAUGGCCAACUGGGCAAGGCGUCCAAAGCUUUCUUGACAGAGGACUUGUGUGGUCAGCGCUAUCUGUGUUACUUGGUACCCUACAAGCAGCAUCUCAGGUGCCUGAAAUUUGAGGAGAGCAAUGACGGAAGCCAGCUCAUCUUUGGCUCACUCUCACUGCUGCCUGCUAAAGAUGCCACUCCCAUUGAGAGUCAGAAUCUGCUGCUUGUGCUGGAGACAUCUGGAGCUCUCAUCUUGUACACGGGCACCACCCGCGUGAGUCAGGUGCACAUCCCUGUGCUGCCCCUGGGCUCCGGCUCCCUGUCUCUGCUGCGACCUAUGACCCCGAUGGGAAGCCCCACCCGUGGAGAGAUCCUCACCAGCAGUCGGCCGCCCUCCGCCUCCGCCAUGGACAUCAGGUUUGAAGAUGAGAUGAAGCACAUCUCCCCUGUGACAGCUCACCUCGAGGACUCAACAGGCGGGGCCUUUGACUCGUCUAUCAGUGGAAUCCUGCCCGUGGGCAACAGCUUCAUCCAGGGCUUGCGAGACAACAUGGGCAAAAAGUUCUCGGUGGAGCUGCUCAGCGGAGCCUUGUGUCGCACCGAGCUGCCCUCUAUGACCGACUCACCAGGCAUUUCUCUAUGCCUGCGAGCGUUGAAGCACCAACUGCCGAGCCAAGUUGCCUUACAAGUCCUGGCCCGCUGGUACACAGUUCGCAACGCUCCCGGUGGGAUCGGCAACGUUCCUGAGUGGGCCAUGUUCACCAAGUGCAUUCUGGGACUGAUGGGUUACGAUACGGGGAAGCUUUCUCUUACAAGCAAGGGCUGCACUGACGGCUCGUCCUCUCCUGUGUUGAAGUCCAAGAAAGCUAGACCUUCGGACCAGGGAGCAAACCAGGACUGGGAGAGCCUGCUGGAGAGUGACCACCACAGCUACUCGUAUCCAUGGCAACAGGCCCUGUCCCUCCCUCACCUGGAGCCUGCCACCAGCGGCUGGACCCCGUCCUGUCCGUGUGCCAUCAACAGCUCCGCCCUGCUCUACCCGUUCUGCCCGGCCGUGCUCAUGGCUCUGCACCUGGUCUACGAGGAGAUGAAGCUGAGUAUUUUGCUACAAGAAGAGUUGUCUGGAUUUGCUCCUCUUGUUCAUCAGAUUGCUUGUGAUCUGCGAUGUUGGACUUACACUGAUUACUACCGUCGAGAUUUUCCGGAACUCUUCGAGAAAGUGGAUGACAUUAGCCAAAUCACUGAUGCCGACCUGCAGAAGAUGCAGUACCCUCACCUGUACCCACAGCAAGUUCCGACAGUUCAGGGGUGGCUCACCGAGUCUCUGAAUCAGAGUCACAGUCAGCAAGGGCCAAUGAUUUACAUCCCUGGUGUCUGUGAGAGUGUUAGAAAAAUUAUUUCGGUGUACUCAAUACUGCUCAACCCAGAAAUGCCGGCAGAACUUUGUGUGGACAAAUGUCUGAAGAAGAUUGCCCCAGCUGGGCACCGGGCCCCCACAGCGGACACUUCGCUGUCAUACUCCAUGUCCAAGAGCCUGCGAAUGUCGCCGGGCUACUCCCAGGCAGAGCGACUUGUGCUGACCAUGACAGAGCUGGAUAUGACCCAAAGAGAUCUGGAUUGUGUGCCCAUCGGUGUCAGUUUGCCCCUGAGGGAGGCGUGUCUUUUGUGUCGGGCCAAUCCCCCGUCAGACUGGCCACAGAGUGCCUACGAUCUCAUAGGUCGGCAAGAUUUGUCCGAGUUAGCUGCUCUCGACGGGAAGGUCAAGAGUUUCCACCUGCCUGAGCCUGUGCCUGUGGAGCCGGAAGAGGAAGUGGAGAAAGAGGAGGAUGAUGGGAUGGACUGUCUGGAUGAAGAGGUCCUGAAACUGCGGUUCCCCAAAGAUCUUCGGUUGCAGGAGGUUCGUCGUCUGCUGCAGUCGGCUCGGCCAGUGGUCAUCUCGGUCAAGCAGCGGCCUGAGGUCAGCGACCACGACUUCAUCGAGGAGCCGGAGAGAGUGCUGCUCAACACUUGUGUGCGCACCAUGUCGCUGCCUGUGGGGAGGGGAAUGUUUACUCUCCACACAUGUCAACCUCUGCUGACUGAGACUCUGCCUAUUCCCAAGCUGUGCCUCACAGGAAGAGCUCCCCCCAGGAACACAACAGUAGACCUGACCCACAUAGAUGUGCCCGCUAACAUGUCUGUGUGGCCACAGUUUCACAACGGCGUUGCGGCCGGUCUACGCAUCGCUGACACCACUCAGGUGGACUCUGCCUGGAUCAUUUACAACAAGCCAAAGGAGCUGACCAAUGAGUUUGCGGGGUUCCUCAUGGCCCUGGGUUUGAACGGACACCUGCCCAAUCUGAGCACUUUCAACACCCACGAGUACAUUAGUGAGGGCAAUGAGCUUAUCACCAUCGCCAUCUUAUUGGGAAUGUCAGCUGCCAAACGUGGCAGUAUGGAUCUGACCGUGACAAAGGCCCUCAGCUGCCACGUGUCGGCUCUGCUGCCCCCCACCUCCACGGAGCUGAACAUCGCACACAACAUCCGCGUGGCUGCCAUCAUGGGCGUCGGCCUGCUCUAUCAGGGCACAGGGCACCUGCCCAUGGCCGAGGUCAUGCUGUCUGAGAUAGGUCGACCGCCGGGCCCAGAGAUGGAGAACUGCCAGGACCGUGACUCGUACGCUUUGUCUGCCGGCCUGGCCCUGGGGCUCAUUAUGUUUGGGAAAGGUAACCAGAUGACCGGUCUGUCUGACCUGAGCAUGGCUGACAUCUUGUACCACCUAAUGGUGGGCGGUCACACAAAACAAAUGCUUUGGCCCCUCCGUGAAAGAAUCUACAAAGCUCCCAGUUUUCUCAUCAAGGAAGGUGACAGUGUGAAUGUGGAUGUGACAUCACCGGGCGCUACGCUGGCCCUUGGCAUGAUCUUCUUUGACACAGAGAACAGCGCUGUGUCAGAGUGGCUCAAGGCACCGGACACUCAGUUCAUGCUGGACCAAGUGCGCCCUGACUUCCUGUGUCUGCGGACAAUAAGUUACGGCCUGGUCAACUGGAAGAGUGUGCUUCCUACUCCUGCCUGGGUAGACAGCAAUAUCCCUGAGAUUGUGAAGAAGUAUGCGUUUUACCGACCUCCGAGGGGAGAGGAAGGGGAACUUGACCCUUCCAUAGAUCUGCAGACAAUGAGCCAAGCCUUGUGCAGCAUUCAGGGAGGGGCGUGUCUCGUCAUGGCCCUCAAGUUUGCCGGGUCUGCCAACAGGAGCGCCUUCAAGACUUUGGUGAUGGCCGGCACGGGUGACCUUUUGACCCUGCGGCUGUGUCGAGCUCUCCGGCGGCGCGUGGGUCCCCAGCACCACCAGCUGGCCUACGGCAAUCACAUGUGUCAUGCCAUGGCAACGGGCCUGCUCUUCCUGGGCGGAGGGAAGUACAGUUUGAAGACCACUCCUGAUGCCAUCGGCGCAUUGCUGUGUGCUCUCUACCCACACUUCCCUCUCACUAGUACAGACAACAGAUAUCACCUACAAGCCUUCCGUCACUUCUAUGUCAUGGCCUGUGAGCCGCGGCUGGUCAUACCUCGAGACGUGGACACACACAAGUUUUGUUACGUGCCACUGCGCAUCAAGUUCAAGGGUUGUGAUGCGUACAAGUCUGUGAGCUUUGACACGGGCUCUCCCUACGUCAUCCCUGAGCUGAGCAAGCUGGAGGAGGUUCAAGUUCUGGGCAACCGCUACUGGCCCAUUACAUUCAGAGAGGACAAGAACUGGGAGACACUCAGACUUGUGCUACAGAAGGGAGGAGUUCUGGACGUGAAGCAAAGAGCUGGACACUUGCCGUACAUGCAGGAUCCUAAGGGUUAUCGAGGACUUCUGGCCAAGUCUCUGAUGGCUGACCACUCGUGUCAUUUCUCUUUCAAGCCGGAGGUGAUCAAGUCGUUCACGUCAGACGCGAAAGUGACAGCUCUGGCAGAGUUCUUCAUCAACUCCCAUUCUAUUGAAAACAGCAGCCUCCAGGAGCUGUCUGCAGCCAUCUACCAGUGCGUCACCCAAGAGGCAGCAGAGGCAAUUUGCCCACACUUCAUCCUCAAACAGCUGAGCCACCAGUGCGGUGACCGGUCUCUCAACACUCUCGGCCUGGCACAGCUCAAGCUUGUCCUCACCUACUGCUCCUCUCAGCACCGCCUGGUCGCCCCGGCCAACACACAGAACAGCCUGCUGCGACAAGAGUUUCUGCUGGCUCUGCGCUGCCGUGUGGAGGCUGCUCUCGAUCGAUGGGCUAAUGACAAGCCCGACGUUGUGGCCCAGUACCUGCAGGCGGACGAGCAGACGCAACUCCACGAGACGGGCAGCCUGGCACACUACCUGGUCUGGUUCUCCGUGCCCAGCCGCGCCGAGCUGAUGGCCCCCGGACUUUCUGCGUGCCCACCUCUCCCAGUCCUGGCGACCAUGUUUCCUCGGCUCAACAUUGCCGGCGUCAUGCGACUUCACUCCAUCCUGAUGGCUGCUAGAUGACCGACUGGUGUGCAAGUAGCUUUAACGGCGCUCAACUGACUCCUUCGAGUUGUUCAAAAUCUCUUCGUGUAUAGACGGUUCAGAUGUAAACCCAGCAUGAUAACUCAAAAACAAACUUAGCAUCUCUGGGCUGUGACCGCUGUGGUGCAACAAUUGUUUUGAUUGCCACAGCGCUGACAGCUGCGCCACCGACAACAGCAUCAUCAGCAUCUACAACAACCUCUCCAUCAUCAUCAACAACAACAUCUUCAGUAUCAUCACCUUCCCGCCAUCAGCUUCUACAACAACCUCCUCACCAUUAUCAUCAGCAUCUAUAACAUCUUCACCAUCGCCAGCAUCAACACCAUCUUCAUCAUCAUCACCACCCCACUAUCAUCAUCAUCAUCAUCAUCAUCUACAACCACCUCUCCAUCAGCAUCAACAACAACCAACAAUAACUUCGUCACCAUGAGCAGCAGUUUUACGUUGUUUGAUGAAGACAAUACUUUUAGAUCUCUUUUGUUGAUGUUUACCUCUUUUGGUUCUUUGUCAGUUCAUGUAUGUGCAGUGCUAAAUUUUGCCAUUGUCUUUAGCACUUUUCUGUUUUUUUCCCCCAGCUUUUUGUGACGGACCAUCACAAAUCUUGUGAGGCUUUAUUGAGAAUUUCUACUUCUUUGCCUAACAUAUUUUCUUUUCCUUUAUGUAUUUUGUUUUUGUUUUCAUGUUUUGCAUUGUGUAGCCCCAACAGAUCUAUAAAACUAAAACAGGAAUUCCCUCUGCUUUUUCUGGUCCUCUUAAGUUUUGGGUUUGUCUCUUAGUCUAUUUUGCAGCUGUGUGUGAUAAAACCACAACAAAUUAUUGGGAGUGUAACUGGGAUAUUCCACUCUGCUUUCAUGUCAUUCCCCCUUUCUGGUUUUUGUCUUUCCUUUGUUUUGAAGCAUCAUUUUUGUUUUCAUAACAAAAAAAAAACCCCAAUCCAAAAUUGUCGGUAAGAAUGUAAAACUUGAAUUUCCAUAAGCAUUUUUGCUGUGUCAUUAUUUCUAGUUUACUACCAGUGUUACUGAUCUUUGCUAGCUUGGGUCGUUCACUCGUGCAUAAUCUUCCACAAACUCAAUCACCAGGGGCGCUCUGUUGGUUCAGUUGGUGUCAUGCUGGACUUUGGAGCGGAGGGCCCUGGUUUGAAUCCUUGACCAGGUGUUCUUGAACUUGGGUUGUUUUGUGGAGGUUUUGAGACUCUCAACCCAUUAGGUUUGAUCCUACCGGAGACGGAUGUUAAAUUCAGAGGUCCUACCUCUUGAAUAAUGUAAUGGUCUUGAUAAGAGCGUUAACUCUUUAUCUCCAGCAAGCCGCUCCCAGUGGCUCGCGGUCGGAACCCCUGUGACGGUGAGCUGCUGACAGCAGCUCGGGCACAUUCCUUUAUGACGACUUCAACAUCAAAUUACUUUUUGGCAAUUUUUGAAAACAUGUCUCUUUUAUUGGGAUUUUAAUCAUUAGCUGACUAACUUUCAAAGUAGGUUCACUUGUUUUGAUUUAAAAUUUAAUGCCCUUUUAGUGGCGUUUCUUUGGGUCAUUUUUAGACUUACUACCAAAGAAGGGGCCCGGCAUAGUGGGUGAGAUAAAGAGUGAAACCAAUAUACUUAAUUUUUUUUGUCUAUGAUCAGUGGACCACCUCUUCCUUACUGAGGACUUGAAUGUCUGUCUGUUGAGAGUUUUGUUUUUAUCAGCAGACUUGUUUUAUUCUGUUUCUUUCGAGGCUCAAUUCUUUAUGUCUUUGGUAGGCUACUUACUGUUGAGGGUAUGCGAUGUGAUGGACAUUUUUGGAUAUACAGUGGAGUCCUCUUAACGGAAACGUGAUUAAUCUGAAAGCAGCAGUAAACCAACAGACGACAGAAGUAGAAUCCCAGAUUUUUUGUCUUUGCUGUUUGAGCAAUCUCUCUGAAAUGUAAACUCGGCUAAAAUGAAGAAAAUCUGGCAACCUUUCAGAUUUCGGUUUAAAUGGACUACACUGUAGAAGUAUUGGCAUUUUGUGUCUUUUUGUGUGUGUGUAUGUAUGUGUGUAUAUAUGUAAUGUGUGUGUGUGUGUAUGUGUAUAUAUGUGUGUGUGUGUGUGUGUGUGUAUGUAUAUGUAAUAUGUGUGUGUAUGUGUAUAUAUGUGUGCGUGCGCGCGCGCACGCGUGUGUGUGCAUGCGCGUGUGAUGCUGAUUUAUACGGUGAUUUAUGAUAAUGUAUAAGUCUCGAGUGCUGUGAGAGUGUAGAUGUAAUGGUGGGUGCCUGUGGUGAUAUUGGCUCUACUGUGUUCCUCCAACUGUUCCAGCAAGUUUUGUAGUAUUCUGAUAAUAAAUGAUUCUUAAGUCUG